AAAACACAAUGCACAACAUGACAGAAUCUCAGGUGGUGCAAUUGGUAGCAUUUCCGCCCGUCUUCACACCAGCAAGUGCUGCUGUUCGACUGCCAGCGGGAGAUUGUGGUUCAAGUCCACGCCUGAGAGCGCCCUCUUUCACAUCUCGGAUGGUGCAGCUGGAAGCAUUCCCACCCGUCUUUGUCGCGCCUGGUGAAUAUCAGGCUCGUUCGUAUCGUGCGUGGGAGACCGAAGUUCAAUUCUUCGUCCGAGAGCUGAAUGUUUUUUUUUUUGAGUUUUCUUUUUGGAGGGUGUAGCUUAGUUUCAGUCUACGUUCUCUAUGCUCGGAGUCCUCCUCUGUUUUUGUUCUUCACCUUGUCGACUUCUCCAUUUCAGACAUUGGCAAGGCGGAGGGAAUACUCCAGCCAACCCGCCAGCAAAAGCGCGCCGCGGCGAAGCUCCGAAGCCGCGGGGAGGCUGCAAUGGGACGCAGCUCCCUCUGGUACCGCUGAGACAUGGUGGUACGUUGGAGCUCCCGUGUUCGAUGCGUGGCCGUACUGCCCGGCUGUUAUCUUAAUCGCCCGGGGACGCUUUCGCAGAGCCACCCCCGUCGAUUGGUCCACAUCUUUUGGGUGAGAGGUGAGAGACCAUCAAGCAUUCUUCGUAGGCCAAUAUUUG